GUGGUUGGGCCAGGAGGCCGAUCUGUUGCUGUCCUUGGUAGCUCUCAAUCCUCUUAGCUUCGCAGCUCGGACCCCACCCCACCCUAACCUACAACCACCUACAUUAAGCGCUGAAAACUAGGAGGAAAAAAAGGUGGCAGCGGCCGUGGCAGCAGCCGCUGGUGGCCGCUCGAACCCCAAUGUACGAGAGGAGGGCUGGAGGGAGGAGGAAGAAAGAGGAGGGGAGGGUUUGUGGGUCCGUGUGUGUCUGAGUCUAUGUGUGUGUGUGCGCUUGACUGUGUGUGUGCGCGUGCUAGUCAGCGUCUGUGACUGGAGCUCGCUGCUUUCCAAGCUCUCGCUGCUUCUCCUACAGCUGCCUUUAGAGCCAUCCCGAACCUCAAAACACACACACACACACAUACAUACAUACACGCACACACCCCAACCGCCACCAACUAACCACCCCCACCAGCUGCAGCAGCAACAGCCUCCGCCGCCGCCGCCUUGUCACAUGCAGCCAGCCUAAGGGAGAUUUAACAGCAAGGGUUGGCGGUGCCUCCGCUUUCCCUCCUUCUGCAAGGCGAUUCUAGCCAAGCAACGGCACUGAUUUGUUUUUAUUUAAUUUCUCUUCUUUCUUUUCUAGGAGGCUAGUGAAGGGGUUGGGAGAGGAGGAAGAGCGGACACUAGAUGAAGGGGGCGAUGAAAAUUAUUGUUCUUUUUAAGGAUGUCUUCCUCCUCCUGCCUCCCCCUGCCGCCUCUCCAUUGAGCCUUCCUACGAGAGAAGAUGAACCAGAGUCAGAGAUGUAGAGAGCAAAAAACAACACGAGCUCGAUCCAGCUAGGAGGACCCUCCUCUCCGUGGAGGGGAGGGGGAUUUCCAGCGACACAUCAUUGGUGAAGGGAAUCGCAGAGUGAGCAGCCCCCCUGAGAGAGGGGGGAAUCCCACAGCCCUUUGUGGUGCACAAGCCAGUGCUGACUGCUGAACGUGGUCUGUUCGAGCAAGUUGUGACAAUACAAAUACACCUUGAGAUGGAUUAUUACUUCAGUUGAUAAUCCUACUACUCAUUCUUUGAAGGAUUCAGUCUCAACCAGUUCAAAAUGGCAGAAAAGGCUCCCCCUGGCCUGAACCGAAAGACUUCAAGAUCUACUCUUUCCCUUCCACCAGAACCAGUGGAGAUCAUCAGAAGCAAAAGUUGUUCCCGGAGAGUUAAAAUAAACGUAGGGGGCCUAAAUCAUGAAGUGCUAUGGAGGACCUUGGAUAGGCUUCCAAGAACACGAUUAGGGAAGCUCCGAGACUGCAAUACUCAUGAAACCCUGCUGGAAGUAUGUGAUGACUACAAUUUGAAUGAGAAUGAAUAUUUCUUUGAUCGGCAUCCAGGAGCCUUUACAUCCAUUUUAAAUUUCUACAGGACAGGGAAACUCCAUAUGAUGGAAGAAAUGUGUGCCCUUUCUUUUGGCCAAGAGCUCGAUUACUGGGGGAUUGAUGAGAUAUACUUAGAGUCUUGUUGUCAAGCAAGAUAUCAUCAGAAGAAAGAACAAAUGAAUGAAGAGUUGAGACGAGAGGCAGAGACUAUGAGAGAAAGAGAGGGAGAAGAGUUUGAUAAUACCUGCUGUCCUGAAAAAAGAAAGAAACUAUGGGACCUGUUGGAGAAACCAAACUCAUCGGUGGCGGCAAAGAUCUUGGCUAUUGUAUCCAUUCUAUUCAUCGUGCUAUCCACCAUUGCCCUGUCUCUCAACACUCUACCCGAACUUCAAGAAAUGGACUCAGAGGGGCAGCCCAAUGAUAACCGAGAAUUAGCACACGUUGAGGCUGUCUGCAUAGCCUGGUUUACCAUGGAAUACCUUUUACGCUUCCUGUCCUCCCCAAAUAAGUGGAAGUUCUUUAAAGGUCCAUUAAAUGUCAUUGAUUUACUGGCCAUCUUACCAUACUAUGUCACCAUUUUCCUCACUGAGUCCAACAAGAGUGUGCUGCAAUUCCAGAAUGUCAGGCGUGUGGUCCAGAUCUUCCGAAUUAUGAGGAUCCUCAGGAUCCUGAAACUUGCCAGACAUUCAACAGGCCUCCAGUCUUUAGGAUUCACUCUAAGACGGAGUUACAAUGAAUUGGGCUUAUUGAUCCUCUUUUUAGCCAUGGGGAUAAUGAUAUUUUCUAGUCUGGUGUUUUUCGCAGAGAAGGAUGAAGAUGCUACGAAAUUUACCAGUAUCCCUGCCUCUUUCUGGUGGGCCACCAUCACCAUGACUACUGUAGGUUAUGGCGACAUCUACCCUAAAACUUUACUGGGAAAAAUUGUGGGGGGCCUCUGCUGCAUAGCUGGGGUGCUAGUGAUCGCACUUCCCAUACCAAUCAUUGUGAACAAUUUCUCUGAGUUUUAUAAGGAGCAAAAACGUCAGGAGAAGGCCAUUAAGAGACGAGAGGCUCUGGAGCGGGCUAAAAGAAACGGAAGUAUCGUUUCCAUGAACUUAAAAGACGCCUUCGCGCGGAGUGUGGAACUUAUCGAUGUGGCCGUGGAGAAAGCAGGGGAUUCUGCCAACACGAAGGACUCAACAGAUGAUAACCACCUAUCUCCAAGCCGAUGGAAGUGGGCCAGGAAAGCGUUGUCCGAAACCAGCUCCAACAAAUCCUAUGAGAAUAAGUAUCAGGAGGUGAGUCAGAAAGACUCCCAUGAACAGCUCAAUAAUACUUCCUCAAGCCCUCAGCACUUGAGUGCUCACAAACUGGAGAUGCUCUACAAUGAGAUCACCAAGACCACGCAGCCCCACUCCCACCUGAAUGCCUCAGACUACCAAGAGCAGGCUGAAAAGCCCCCCGUGUACAAAGAGGAGAUUGAGAUGGAGGAGGUGGUCUGCCCUCAGGAGCAGCUGGCUGUGGCCCAGACGGAGGUCAUCAUGGACAUGAGGAGCACCUCUAGCAUUGACAGCUUCACCAGCUGUGCCACUGACUUCACAGAAACUGAAAGAUCCCCUCUCCCACCCUAUGCCAGCACUCACUUACAGAUGAGAUUCCCCCCUGACCCUACGGGGGCAGAAGAGCACCAAAGAGCCAAAGGACUCCCAUUUUUAACACUCACCAGGGAGAAAAGUUCUGCCCCUAGGGAUGCUACCUUCGAAUAUACUCCCAUUGACACCACGGGGAGCCCAGACUCAGUAGUACCCCCUUUGGGGCUACAUGGUCCUCUGCAGUUUGACAGUGCAACAGAGAGUCCCAAAAGUUCUCUAAAAGGUAGCAAUCCCCUAAAGUCCAGGUCCUUGAAAGUGAACUUCAAGGAGAGCAGAGGCAGUGCCCCCCAGACCCCACCUAGCACUGCCAGACCCCUGCCAGUCACCACCAUGGCAGACUUUACUCUACCCACACCCCAACAUAUCAGCACCAUUCUCUUAGAGGAGAAUUCCCCCCAGGGGGAGAGACCCUUGCUGGGCACUGAGGUCUCAGGACUCUGUCAGGGACCAACAAAAGGUUCAUCCCCUCUGUUUCCCAAACAAAAACUAUUUCCUUUCUCUUCAAGAGAGAGGAGGAGCUUCACUGAAAUAGACACUGGAGAAGAUGAGGACUUCUUAGAGCUCCAUGGAGCCUCAGAGGACAGGCAGCCAGACCCCAGCACAAAUUGCUGUGGGGAUAAGCAGAGUGAUGGAAGAGACCCUUUAAGAGAAGAGACCAGUGCUCUCUCUUCCUCCCCACAAAACACGAGUCACAAUUGUAGGCAAGACAUUUACCAAGCUGUGGGUGAAGUUAAAAAGGACAACAACCAAGAAGGGUACAAGAUGGAAAACUAUUUGUUUGCCCCAGAGAUUCAUUCCAAUCCUGGGGAGACAGGUUAUUGUCCCACACGUGAAACCAGCAUGUGACUAGUUAAAAAAGCAAUAAAAACUUGUUUCUUAAAAACCAUAAUUAGUAAAGCCUAUGAAGUAAAAAUGGGAAGUCUCCCCUAUCCUUCCCCGGCCCCAACAAAAAAAAAGUGCAUAAGAUGUUAUUUUUGCAUGGCAUGAACAGUUUAGUUUAAGUACUGUUUAAAUAAAGGGUCAAGACUGCUUUUUGUAACAGCCUGACAUAAAUGACUCUAAAACAGUGGAUAAAAUAAAGAGAGCUCUAUUAGGAAUUGGCAUUCUGCAGCGUCUGACAUUUUUGAUCCUUUCACUUAUAAUUAGACAAAUUUUCAACUGUUUUAACUAUUUGGGGGGUUCCAAUGAAUUUUAGAAUUUACACAUGAAAGGAUGAAAUGUCAAUGCAUGUAUUCAUAAUAAUGUGAAAAAAAAGGUGCUUCAAGCUUGCAAAAUGCAUCUAUUUGUAAAUAAUGGAUUUGGGGGAGCCAAAAGUCUCAAGAAUAUGUGGAAAUAAUUUUCCAGGAACACAGGUACUUCCUUCGCAGUCUGAUGCCAGGAGGAGCUGUAUAGACUUAUGUUGCAAAAUUGCAACCUCUAGUUAAAGUAUUUUGUGUACCUUGAUUUCUGUUAUGAGACUUAUUAAGUAUAUUAGUUUAUUUAAGAGAAUACAGUAUUUUUAGUUCUCUGUGCAAUGUCAUAGGGUGCAUCUUUUUUUUUUUAAUUUGCUUUUGCUUAAUUGUGGCAUCUGUGGUCUAAAUUAUAACUCAUGAGGAUAGGCAAGAUUUAAUGACCAGAAAUUAAAUUAUUUGGACUUUAAUACUAAAAUCUGACAAUACCUAAACAUCAUGGGAUUAUCUAUGAUCAGUGGGAACAAACCCAAACACCAUAGUUUAGAGCUAGAAGGGACAUCGGGGGUCAUGUAGUCUCAUUUUCCUUGAUUUACAGAUGGAAAAAUGGAGGCCCAGGGAGGUAAAGUGGCUUGCACAAAUUCAAAGAGGUAGUAAGCAUCAAAGAUCAGAUUAGAAUUCGGUUCAUUUGACUCCAAAGCCUCCUUUCAUAACACCAUGGAAAACCAGAACAUACUUGAAAUUUAGAGCAUUUUAUCAUUAAUGAAGCACUUUUCACAUAAUGACCUGUGAUGUAGUUUAAGCAUAAGUGGCACUUUGUUACAGUUGAGAAAACUGAAGCCUGGUGAAAUUAUCUGUCUUAUCUAAAGACAAAUAGUCUAAGAAUGAUAGAUCUAGUGCUUGAUCUAACCCCACCCCACUCCCCAAUCAUUUUCCCCAAGACCAACAUGAACUAUUUCCUUCUACCCUAGUCGGGUGCAGACAUCCCAAUGGGCACUCGACUCUCCCUCUUCCCUAAAGAGAGUCCUCACUUAAUCUUUAGAUGGAGAAGGAAAUCAUAAUGAUGCCCAUCAUCUUGCCAAUGUGUCUAAAAAGAACAGUGGCCCGAGAGACAAUAAAUCUCUAUUCUCUUUUGUACUCUGCCACUAGCUAGCUGGCCUAUCCAGUUGGAAAAAUCAUCAAAACUCACUACCCCUAGUUUCCUCUCCUGUUAGAAUAUGACUUAGAUGAUUUCCUGUGUGCCUUCUUUUAGCUCUAAAUUUCUGUGUUUCAAUACUUUUUUGGGAAAUCUCUGAAAUUUGAUUGAUUUUAAUUAAGGACAUAUGAAUGUUUGAUGAGAGAUACACAGUUAAGAAUCAACUGGACCAAAAUACAAGCACAAAAUAUUUUUGUUGUUUUAUAAGAAAUUUCAUUAUAAAUGUAAUUACCAAAUUACUUUCUUUUAAUGAUGAAAUUAUUCUAAGGGUUUAUAAUAUAAUCUGAAACUUUACAAAGUACCAUUUCUUUGUGAAUAGAAUCUGGUCAUUAUCUCUCAAUUUCUAAUGAAAUUUGGGGGAGUCAGUAGAAAUACAGGUAGCCCUACUAUUGAAUAUAAUUUUACAUAUCUUUUUUCCAAUGUGCUUACAACUAACAAUGGUUUUCAUGUUUAAUUGCUCCAAAACAUAGCUUUUACAUGUUAUGAUCAUUAAUUAUAUAUUUAUUUACAUUAUAAGUUGAAAUUUUCAAUGACUAAGACUAAAUGUCAUUUAGUUUUUAUAUGCUUAAAGUCUGUAUUUUCUAUAGACAAUUUUCCAGAAUCAAGUCUAUGGGUAUUUUCCAGAAUACUUGCCUAUAGGUUAAAUAUAAACAAUACCUAAUAGCCACUUUUAGAAUGUGUCUACAUGAAGUAAGAUUUUUUUCUGAGUGUUCUGUGAUAAUGGGUCCAUUUAAAAAAAACUGUUUUGUGUCAUUUGUCUACAUGGUACAUUAUAAAACAAGAGUGCAAAUAGAUUUCAGGGGUGAAUUUUUCUUACUGCCCAAAAAGUUUGCCAAUAACUACUUUUAUAUAUCUGUUAGUCUUACCCCAAGUUCUGUCCAAAGACCCUAAUAACUCAUUACUUUGAAAGUCUCCUCUCAGAGCCUCCCCCUUCAACCUGAGGGCUUUAAGGAAAAGUGAUUUUAUAGCUGAGAAUUUUAAGAAAUUCUUCUACCCAAAAGCCUUCCUCUAAUUCUCCCUGACUUUUCACAUUGUAUUCCUCAAGCAAACAAUUUCAUAAAUUGAUAUUUUGAGGUCAGAAGGCUUCUGAGGCGGUCUGGAGAAUGUAUGGAAAGCUUCCUGGAGGUUAUUGAUACUAGAUGAUAUUCCUUGCUGUUACCUACAAUUUAAUGCCUAUUUAUACUUGUCAUUGAGCAAAGAAUGUCUGGACCUCAAAAGAAAUGGUCUAUGGCAUGAAUGAUCUAUUCAUUCUGUUAAAUCUACCAACCAGUAAGGAUUGCCACAAAGUAUACUUGGCUACAACAAUUUCUUUUAGAAUAAAAAUAAGUAAAAUGAUUAUGUCAACCAUGUCCUUGCCUAAUAUUUCCAACAUAGUUUCAUUUAAACUCAAAGUUAGUACUAGAAAAAUCUUCUUUAAAUGAGAUAAACCAACCAUGUUGGGCCAUGAAAACUUUAGCAUCCAUGAAUGGAUGUAUUAUGUUACUCCAUAACAGAAAAUAUUUGCCUUCCCAUGUGUAUAGGCUUGAAGAAGUAAAUUAUCAGAGAAAGAAAUUACAACUUAAACAUUUAAAUAUAUCCCUCCAACCUACAAAAAAAUUAUAAUGAAAUAUUUGAAGAUGGUUUCUAAUUACCUAGUUUAAUAAAAGCGGUGUUUGGCCAACCAACUAUAGUAAUUUUAUUUUUAAAAUUAUUAUUAAUAGUGAAUUAUGGUCACUUCGUGGUUAUCAAUUGAACCAUGCUGCCAUUUAUGAUGAUAUGAAUUUUUUUAAUUUAAAUGAUUAUGUUAUUGUUUGAUUUAGGAAAAAAUAAUUUUGCAUCAUGUAGCUAUUUCUUCUUCUGAGACCUUGGACAUGAAAUAUAGCAUUAGGCAGGAAGUCAUAAAAAGCUACAACUCCAAUCCAAUGAGGGAGUGAUUACAUUGCUCUUUCUCAAAAUUCAUUUUAAAAGAGUUGGUUUUAUAUAUAUUCAUCAUCUAGAGUAGUUGUCUGUUACAAUACCAAAUAAGAAAAGGGGAAAAAAUCAAACUUAAGAAAAAUAUCUAUGAAAAUUUGUAAUUUUUUAAUUCACAAUUUUGAUUAUUAUAGUAAAAGCCAAUGGUUCUUAAUGAUUUUCUUAAUAGCCACAUGUUAUGCAAAAUAUUGCUACUCUUUUUUUAUUUUGAAAGUAGUUUGUUUUGGUACGUAGUCUUUAAAUUCAUGUGGAUUUUAAAUUUUGUUUAAGAUUUUUUUUAAACUACUGAAUCAACUUUCUUUUCUUCCUGCCUACCUGCUUCCCUUCCUGCCUGCCUGACUCCUUUCUUUUCUCCUUGAAACAAGUCCUAUGAAACUUGAAUGAAAAUGGAAAUUUGAAAAGAAGGCACAUUACCAAUAAGAAAGGGGAAGAGUUCUAAAUCCUGAAGUCUUAGAGCACUUCCUAAAUUGUUGAAUUUAGGGAUAUUAUCAUCUUCGAUUGAUUUCACUAAUCAUUUAUGCUAUUUGCCUGACAUAAUUGAAUAAAUGUUUAUUUUUCUAUUAUUGCCA